CAAGUCUAAAAUGGGAAGAUAUUUUGCAGCGCUAGAUUUUAAAAAUAUUUUUUUCAAUAAUUUCAAUUUCCUCCACCUUUAGAACUUAGGUUAUUAAAACGCAAAACUGAAAAUCAGUUAUUGUUAAAAUGAAUUCAGCAGUAGAAAAGAAUAUUGACAACUUGGGUUCUAAAGAAAGAACACAAAGAGGACUGUUUCUAAGGAAUUUUUUUAUGGUUUCUGCGAGCCACCCAGUGAUAUUUCAACAUUUUCGGAGCCACGCAGAAAUAAUAGUAGAACGACACCGCCAAAUUAUAGAAGGAGGAAGGGACGUUAUCCAUCCCUAUAGUAAGUUUAGUUUAUUUUGGUGCAGUUUUAUGAUUCUGAUAAAUAUCAGCCAUAUGAUUUGCUCGACCCUCCGACUUUGCUACAUCCUGGAAACGGAAGAAGGCCCGAAACCUCAUACCGUAGAUUCCGUAUUACUUUGUCUCCACGCUGUGUGUUUUAUCGACAUGUGUAUUAAUUUCAAAAUGGGUUACCGAAAUGUCGAGAAGAAUAUUGUUCUGAAUCGAAGCAGAAUUAUUUGGCAUUAUUUACGAAGUUGGUUCGUGGUGGACUUCGUGUCGUGUCUACCGCUAGCAUAUGUUCUACUGCAUAUGGAGCUGACCGGCUAUCGCUACCUCCUUUUCGGUCACCUGAUGGCAACCCUUCGCGUACUCCGGAUUGCCACCGUCGUUCACAACUUGAAACCUAUAAUGCUGUUGUUCACAGAGUCGUACAUCUGGCAUCGCACAGUACGACACACCCUGCUCUUCCUCAUCUCAGUGCACUGGACAAACUGCAUCAUUUACAUCCUACCCGCACUCGGAUAUUACUGGACGGGCAAGAUGCCGAGGCAAUACACGUUGUUCCUUAACAGCACAAGCGGCGACCUAUCUUCCUACUCACCAGGCAUACGCUACAACAAGGCGCUAUUCAUCACUCUGAGCGCGUUAGUCGGAGUGGAUCCUUCAAUGCUAAAAGUUUCAACAGUUGAAGAAUUUGUAUGCUUUUCUCUUAUUGUAUUUUAUGGAGCAAUGUUUAUGGUGUACACGUUAAUUUUUUUGUUGAAAAUAUAUAUGACAUAUUACAACUCUGCUACGCGAUAUCAUGGACUUCUCAGUCAGAUGGAGGCUUAUAUGCAACAUAAACAACUCCCAGCUCAGUUAAAGAUACGCCUGAGAGAGUUCUACAGGUAUAGAUAUCAGGAGCAGUACUACAAGGAGGACGAUACGCUCGAAUGUCUAUCAGAUCAAUUACGACACGAGAUAAUUCUGCACACGUGCUACAAGCUGGUGAACCGCCUGCCGCUGCUAGAGGGACUGCCAGCGAGCGUGGUGGGCGCGGUGAUGGGCUGCCUUAAGCCGGAGGUGUACCUGCCCAAUGAUUUGGUGAUGCGCGCUGGAGACAACGGGGAUUGCAUGUACUUUAUAGCUAAUGGAACUGUCGCUGUGUACUCCUUAAAGGGAGUUGAGAUAUGCCACCUAGAAGAUGGGGACCACUUUGGCGAGGUGGCCCUGCUUAUGGCGGAUAGCAAGCGUGUAGCUACUGUUGUGUCAGUGGAGAUCACACAAGUUUAUAGAUUGGAUGCUGCCAACUUUCGACAAAUCGUAAAGACCAAUCAAAUGUUGUACAAUCGGUUGCAAGAGCUGGCAGCACAACGGAUGCAUGAGACUGUAGUGCUGGACGAUGAGUUUCGUAGACAGCGGGAAAGACAUGUGGAACUGGAUACCUCUGCUACAACUUUACUUAGCUAAUAGUCAAAUGCAAUCGUAAAAUUUUUAUUUCUGUCCAAUAAGAAUUUAGUGUUUUUCAUGAGUAUAUGUUUGUGAACCAAUUGGGAAACAACAACCGCUUUAGAGUGAGGUGUUAAUUUUCUUAGACUGUUUUAUUAAGUAAAAUAUGGACACAAGAUGUAAUAUACUUAGUUUUUCACAAUUUAAGAAGUUUAUGUAUUUUUAAGUUUAAUCAUUUAAUAUACCAAUAAAACAUAG